AUGUGGGUUUGGCGGUCGCUGGGAUGUGACCAAGCUGCCGAGCUACCGCAGUCCACGAUUGCGGCACUAGGCCGGCGGUGCUGCAAGGAUGUGCAGGGACACACGCCGCUUCUUGGGUCCCGGCCGCCUAGCAGUGCUUCCAGCGGCUGGCUGGACGAUGCGCCAAACAGCGCCGGCACGGCAGAGUGCGUCAAAGACUCCAAAGGAGAGUCGUACUGGCUCAAUGCUGGCCGCGACACGGUGACAUCGGUGGCCGCGUGGCGCUUGGAGCCGCUGAACUCUUUGCGGCUCUGCGUGCCUGCAGCUGUGGAAGUUAGCCCACCGGGACCUGUUGCAGUGCUAGAAAUGAAUGAGAAGUCUGUGAAGGCAGAGAAGGGUCUUGCAUUCAAGAAUGUUAGGGAAGCUGUUCGGAGGCUGUCUUCGCGUGGCGGAGGCACAUUUUGCUUCCGUGUUCCGACUGCCUUUGUGCGAUUGCGGGAGGAGGCAACCCGUGAGGUCUUGACAAUGCCAGACCAACCUCUCUGGCCACACUGCGUUACUGGCGUGCUCGUGGGUGCGAUGCUUCGGGUUGUUGUUUCCGUGGAGGGCUCCUCGUCGCUUCCCUCCUUACCAUCCAUCAACCCAGAAGAGUCUCGAGAAGUGAUCAUAGAGUGUGAAUCCUGCCGCCUCUCGAUCGUGCAGAAGGGUGGCCCACCAUUGGACCCAGCCAAAAUCCACGGCUGCAACGAGGAGGGCAUCGCCCGCGUGUUUGACCUGUGGAUGAAGAGAACACGGAGUAAGCCAAAUACGUGGCGACUCCUCAGCAUUGCCCCAGAGCCAGGUGCAGUAGAGGACCGGCUGGUCGCCAGUUUGGCUUUCAAUCCGCCGCCGGGUGUUCUGUCGACCCAUGGCAGACAGAUGGGGGACUUGGUCCUUGCUGCUGUGGCAGACGUCGAAUUCAGCAUCGAGCCCUUUGAGCUGAGUUAUGGAGAAUCACAUCUGGAGUCCUUGCGUCAAAUGGUGGCCGAGGAGAUUGCAAAUUUGCUGGGAAUUUCCCCUGAGCAAGUGAUUUGCGGUGCCUUUCUGCUCAAGAGUGUCGUCCCCAAAAGGCGGCAUGUGCGGCGAAACUCCAUGAUGCUUCAGAUUGCUCUGCUGCACUCAGGGCUGAUCGACGUGGUAAGAGGACCACAGAUGCCCACUCGUAAGCCCCAACCAGCCCUGCCCACCCCGGUUAGUCCCAAAAGCGCCAAAAGGUCGGAGAGGUCGGGCCUCUCCCGAAGCCCGACAGGCGCCUUUGAAUCCCAGAGCCUGGCUGAGACAGUGUUCUCGGACGAGCCCCUUUCGCCCCCAAACUCCCAGAACCCCAAGAAGAGUGUCGCGCUGACACGCGCGUUGACGACGUUGAAGGACACGGAAGAGGCGUUUGCCAAGACUGUGCGUGGCAUGAGCAUGUCAGCCUCCGCUCCAUCACUGAAAUCCAAGAGCAAUGCGCAGAGCAAUACGCAGAGCAACAUGCAGAGCCUCUACAACACCCUGAACUUCCAGGGUCGCGAGAUGCCCCCUGACCAGCUUCUGAAGAUGCUGGUCAACAUCUUGGGCGAUCCUCGACAUCCCAUCCGCAAGCACCCCGAAAUCUUUCCCAUGUUCUCGAAGAUCACCAAGAAGGCUGUGCUCACAAAGGCCCCGUUGGUUGCCAGCCAGGAUAUCAUUGAUGCAUCGCACAUGGCCUCUUCCAUCCGCGAGCUGAUGCAGCCGAGGAAGGUCAAGCCUUUACCAUCAGAUCUGGACGACACUUCCAUGGAACAGCUGUCCACGAUGCGCACAGAGAUCUUGAAACUAUAUGCCCAACCAGGUGGCAGCAUUGCAGUGCAGAAGUCGCAACUUGUGAAUCUUACACCCAAAGAAAUUUUGGAUCUGGCGGAUUCGUCCUUUGGCCAACUACACUCUCUGGUGGCCUGCCUAGAGGCAACAAUCGAGAAGACGGAAACUGAUGUGGAAUUCUGCCAGCGGCUUCGGCUUCAUCACGCUGUGGAGAGGACAGUGGUGAUCAUGCGUCACUUCAGCUCGAAUCGAGAGGUGGUGUUUCGGGGCUUCCAGAUCCUGGGCCAUCUAACUAAGCAUGACCUCCUGUCAGUGGAUGCCAUCCUCGACAAGUCUGUUGCACCUGACAUUUUGCUGUCCUCGGACAACUUCCCCAGUGACCAGGAAAUGCAACUUAUCGUCUGCCAGGUGCUUCGGCGGGUGUACCUCCGGGCCCGCGAGAUGACCAUGGCCGGCUCUCGCGUGGUGACAUUGGGCAAACAGCUGGAGGAGGUGUGGACGUUUCACGGUCUCGCAAGGAUUCUGACUUCGAUGAAGCUAUUUCCGCAAGAUGCAGAGAUUCAGCUUGAAUGCUGCGUCCUGCUUGCCUCCAUUGGGGAGUUGCUGCACAACAACGGCUAUGCCACGGAAGUGUUCAAGAUUCUGGAACUAGCCAUGCGCAAACAUGAACACAGGGCUGACCUCGUGUCCCAGGGGAUUUUGAUCAUCGCGCGGCUCGGGGCAUCCUUCCUCGCCGUUGAGAACCGUGGGGUCCGGACGAUUGUGAAUGCUAUGGCACGUCAUCGUUCCGACAAAGAGCUUCAGAAGACAGCGGUGCGUGCCCUCUUCGCUUUGUCCAAGGAUGAGCUGGCCCUGAAAGCAUCGCGAUCUGGAGGAGGUGUGGGCGCCAUUUUUGCAGCCAUGGCAGCUCACCCAGACGCUACGCAGGUGCUCCAGGAAGGAACACGUGCUCUCGAGAAGCAUUGCCCGCGUGCAGUGGCCAGCAUUGCUCGGCUGUGCGGCGACCUCAUCGCUGUCCUCCCGCCUGUGGUUUGGUCUUCUGGCCCUGACUUGGGAGGAAUGCUGCAUGUCCACCUGGAUGUCGAAGAGUUGAAGUCCAACGGAUGGGCACCGCGAGGCAUCGAGAACUUCGUCGCAGAGUUCUCUCCUCCUGCGGAGCGCUCCAACGACGAGGAGGACUUGCUGCACCUGACUGCAGGCUUUCGCCGGAAGAAGGGCCUACGGGAUGACAUUGAUGCGGCGGAUUCGCAGUGGAUGUCCUUGGGCAGCGUGCGGGUGAUGAUGACGCGGACCUCUACGCACAAUAUCCUGCAGAAGGAUAUCAAUGCUUUGUCUCACCGCGGAUGCGAUGUGGAUGUCCUGCGGCAAUCUGGCCCCAAGCGAGAACAUGUGCAAGGUAUCUGCGAAGUCCUUGCCGAGGGUGUCGGGCCCAAGAAGUUCACUGCUCAGGACGGGGAGCUGCUUGUGUUGAUAUUGGGCCACUUUGCAUGGUUCUCCCAUGCGCACGCCAGCGAGAUCAUCGAGUUUGGGGGCCACCAGGCUAUCAUGGACUGGCUGCGAACUGACCGGUUCAAAGGCCAAAGAGAUCCGAGAGACGAUGCUUUGGCCUUCCCAAUGCAGCGUGCUUGCCUCUCAACGCUAAGCUGCUUGUGUCGGCACGGCAUUGACACGGCCGGCCACCUCCUAGACCUGGAGGCAGUCGAGGCCUGCGUGCAGUUCACCACACACCUCGAGGACGGGCUGCGCUGCGCUGCGCUGCGCUUGCUGGCCCGGCUUCUUCCCUAUGCCGUGAAGCGGUACACGGGGAAAGACUCCAAGGACUCGAUGCCCAUGGAGGACAUAUGGCCUGCCGUCCUUUGCGAGCUCCGCAGCAGUGAGGAGGUCCUACGCACUGCUGCAGCCACAUGUGCUGUCGAGGCGGUCACUUGCGGGGCGCUGCCGACGGAUCCCGCAAUGACCGAUGUCUUAGCACAGUCUCUGCUGCAUGCACUGGAUGCCGCUACGUUGGCUGAUUCUCCGGCUGCAGCCCUGCCUGUGUUGAUUGCCGUCUCCCGCAUGGUAUCGGACACGGAGGACGACUACGCAUCCUCUGCCAUCAAGAGCUGUGACACACUUAUCCCGCUCUUGACAGACUGGCUCCCGAAAGCGACCAGAGCACGUGCAGUCUCCACUGCCAAAGCUGCCGGCCUUGCUGCAGCCAGCACAUUGCGAACCUUAAGUGAUGGUGGCACUGCGUUUGGAGGUGCAGAACUAGCGGCGAUCUUACGUUAUGGCACGAGCGUGUCCGCAGAGCUUCCGUUGCAGGAGGCGUGCAAGGCGGCCAUCGAGCUGGCAGUUUCACGGGAGCCGGAUGCCAGCCUCCUGGUGCAGAUGCUCACCGGGAGAUUGCGGUUGGGCAGCAGCGGUGAGGAGAAGAUUGCCGACCUCACGAUUCUGAUCCGCAUUGCGCAGCGGGCGGUGGUGCUAAUCAAGCAGGACCCCAACCAAGCGACUGAGUCACUCCUCAUGGCCUUGGAAGACUCUAAAGAGCUCAUCCAGUCAAUACCUCCUGACCUGCCUGGUGACGCAGACAUGGAUGGCAUCCUAAGGGAGCUGACGGACCUCACAAGCAAGAGCAUUGGAUUGGCAGGUGCAAGCGAGGAGGAGGGGAAGGAGGAGGAUGGCGCAUGA